AUGCUCAUCCCAAACAUCCUUGCAGUGUUAGCUGCAGUGGCCAUCGGUCCAUCUGUUUCUGCAGCGUCCUCUCAAGCUUAUAACUGGCAAAACGUCAAGAUUGGAGGCGGGGGCGGCUUUACACCAGAUAUUAUAUUCAACCCAUCUGAAAAAGGGCUUACCUAUGCUCGUAUGGAUAUUGGGGGUGCGUAUAAGAUGAACACGGAUGGAUCUUGGACUCCUCUGUUGGAUUGGGCGGACAAUACGAGGUGGGACUACUGGGGAGUCGACGCUAUUGCGACUGAUCCCGUAGACACGGGUCGACUAUAUUUAGCUGUAGGGAUGUAUACCAAUUCAUAUGACCCUAACAACGGCACUAUCUUGAUAUCUACUGACUAUGGAACGUCUUUCACCGAAUCGCCGCUUCCGUUCAAGGUGGGCGGAAACAUGCCCUCUCGUGGAAUGGGCGAGCGCCUCGCAGUGGACCCUCACAGCAACAACAUCCUUUAUUUUGGUGCCCGAAGCGGCCAUGGUUUGUGGAAAUCUACCGACUAUGGCGCCACAUGGACGAAUGUGACAAACUUCCCAAGUGUUGGUACUUACGCGCCUGAUCCGUCCGACACAACUGGUUAUAAUAGCGACUUGACUGGACUCGCUUUCGUUACUUUUGAUUAUACAUCAGGAACUUCGGGAGAGCCUACACCAACGAUCUUUGUUGGUGUAGCUAACGAAGGGUCUGACAACAUCUUUUACACUAACGAUGCUGGUGCAACUUGGUCAGCUGUGGCCGGUCAGAAUAAUACCUAUCUGCCCCAUAAAGGUGUCCUUUCUCCUGCUGAAAAGGUCCUUUACAUAUCCGAAUCCAACGGAUCUGGUCCCUACGAUGGAACCCUCGGUGCCGUGUAUAAAUACAAUAUCACAUCUGGCGUCUGGACAGAUAUCACUCCUGUUUCAGGAAGCAACCUUUUUUUCGGAUUUGGUGGCUUGUCGGUGGACCUCCAAAACCCAGGGACUAUCAUGGUUGCUGCAUUGAAUUCAUGGUACCCUGAUGGUCAGAUCUUCCGUUCGAAUGAUAGUGGCGUUACAUGGAGUGCAUUAUGGUCGUGGGGGUCUGAUUCUACACUGGAUAAGUGGUAUACCUAUAGUGAUUCUCUUGCUCCAUGGAUCGGCCCCGACUAUACAGUGACGACUCCUGGAACUUUGCAAAUCGGUUGGAUGAUGGAAGGCCUGAAUAUCGAUCCAUUCGAUUCCGACCACUGGUUGUACGGUACUGGAAUGACAAUUUACGGUGGCUACGAUCUUACCAAAUGGGACACGGUCCAUAAUGUUACAAUAGAGUCCCUCGCGAACGGCGUCGAGGAAACCGCUAUUCUGGGGCUCAUCUCUCCUCCAAGUGGUCCUCCUCUUCUUUCUGCAGUAGGAGAUAUCGAAGGAUUUGUUCAUUACACUUUGAACACCCCUCCCAACGCGUCUUACACUAAUCGGGCCUGGACAACCACUGCUGAUAUUGACUUUGCUGGAAACAAGCCAAGUAAUAUUGUCCGUGUUGGGACUGCUACCAGCUCUACCGUCUUGCAGGUCUCCCUCUCCACAGAUUCUGGAGCGACCUGGUCCCCAGACUACGGUGCAGCCGCAAAUGUGACUGGGGGUCACGUUGCUCUCUCUGCGGAUGGCGACACCGUCCUCUGGAGUACAGGUACCAAUGGUGUCAUGGUGUCACAAAAUAUGAGUACAUUUACCGCAGUAACUUCUCUUCCUUCCGGUUCUAUCAUUGCUUCCGACAAAUUAAACGACUCGAUCUUCUAUGCUGCGUCGGGUGCCGACUUUUAUCUCUCAGUAGAUGGUGGUGAGACCUUUGACGUAACCAGCACCCUUGGUUCAUCCACUGCACCUGUCAAAAUUGUCGUCAACCCCAGCUUAACGGGCGAUGUUUGGGUAUCGUCAGACAAAGGUAUCUUCCACUCGACAGACACAGGUUCAUCGUUCACUGCUCUAUCUGCACCUUCUGAGGCAUGGGCUAUUGCCUUGGGCGCACCUGCAUCCAGCGGAGGAUAUCCAGCUUUGUAUGCCGCCGCCGACAUAAGUGGUCUCGUGGGCUAUUACAGAUCUGAUGACACCGGCGCGACCUGGGUGCAGAUCAAUGACGCUGCUCACGGUUUUGCACAGGCGAGCGCGAACGUCAUGACGGGUGAUCCUCGAAUUUACGGCCGCGUUUACAUUGGCACGAAUGGUCGGGGUAUUUGGUAUGGGGACAUAGCGUGA